AUGAAUGGUUCCAGCAGCAGUAAAAGUGACGAAAAUGUUCGCAUAACCAUUGGAGGUGAUUGCAAUAAAAAUGGAAAGAAAUCACCCGAAUUAAAUCGUAUCAAAACCACUAAAUAUACUCUAUUAACAUUUCUGCCCAUUAAUUUCUAUGAUCAAUUUCGUAGAGCAGUGUAUUUCUAUUUUCUAGUAGUGACAAUAAUAUCAUUCUUCGUAAACAGUACUAUAUCACCUUUGACCUCAUUGAUACCUCUACUAUUUGUGAUGAUUGUCACAGGCGUAAAAGAGGCCUACGAUGAUUUCCAACGUUAUAAAAAUGAUAAUUUAGUAAAUUAUUCCAUGGUAACUGUGUAUCGUAAUGGUCAAGAGCAAUCCAUAGAAUCUCGUUUUAUAUGUCCGGGAGAUUUAGUAGUUGUAACCAAGGAUAGUGAUGUGCCUUGUGAUGUGGUUUUACUACAAACAUCUGAUGGCCAUGGAAAAUGCCAUGUCACCACGGCCAAUUUAGAUGGAGAAACUAAUUUGAAAACCUUAAUGGUACCCAGGGGACUUAAUGCAAAUACAUGUAGUAUAGACCAGUUAAUCAAUAUUGGUGUAAUAGAGUGUGAAAGUCCUAAAACUGAUCUGUAUACCUUUAUGGGUAAAAUUGAGCUAAAUGAUAGUGCAGCUGUUAUACCUUUAACAGAGGAAAAUCUACUACUCAGAGGUUCGAAAAUAAAAAAUACAGACAAAGUUAUAGGCUGUGCUGUAUACACGGGUAUGAAAACAAAACUACAAUUGAAUAGUCGUUACACGGGCAAUAAAUCAGCUUCCAGUGAAAUCUAUAUCAAUAAGUUUUUAAUAUUUUUGGUGGCUAUAAUGAUAGUGGCCUGCAUCAUUUUGUAUAUGUUGGGCAGAUAUGAAGAGCUCAAUGUGGUGCCCUUAAUGGAUUAUCUUGGUCCGCCCAUACGUGUCAAUGAUAUUACCAAUAUCAUAGAAGAUUUCUUGGCAUUUUUAAUACUUUUCAAUUAUAUGGUCCCCAUAUCUAUGUAUAUGAAUAUUGAACUAUAUCGAGUUUUCAAUGCCUUCUUUAUACAGCAGGAUCAGAAUUUAUACGAUGCCGCAACUGAUCAGAGAGCUGUGGUGAAUUCUUCAAAUUUAAAUGAAGAUUUGGGACAAGUUAAUAUUUUAUUUUCGGACAAGACGGGUACUUUAACGCGUAAUGAAAUGGUUUUCCAGCAGUGCUCGAUAAAUGGUCAGAAAUUUAUGUAUCGUAAUAAUUAUUUGGAGGAUCAAGAGACCGAUGAUCAUUUGGAACUCAAGUCUUGUAAUAACUCUCAAUUGGAGUUUUUCAAAGCUUUGGCCCUCUGCCACACCGUACAAGUUGUCCAAACCCCAAACGCUGAAAAUACCAGCCUCGAUAGCUGUCCCCAAUAUCAAGCCUCAAGUCCCGAUGAAAAAUCACUUCUAGAAGCUUGUGCUCAUUUAGGACUUCAUUAUCUAAGCGAUGAUAAUGAUGUACUCAACUUAAAAAUUCCGACAUCUAGCAAUGAAAACCACCAAAUUCUAGAAUACGAACGUCUACACAUUUUGGAAUUCUCUUCAGAGCGUAAACGUAUGAGUGUUAUAGUAAGCGAUAAAGACAAACGCAAAUGGUUGUAUACAAAAGGAGCAGAAAAUGUUGUAUUCGCAUUGUGUGGCGAAAAAUCAAAAGAUUUGAUUUCAAAAACCGAUCAACAUAUAACGGAAUUUGCUAUACAGGGCCUGAGGACACUAGCUAUAGCCCGAAGACUUAUACCCGAAGAUGAAUAUGAAGAAUUUAUGAAUGAUCUUUCGUUGGCUCAGCUGGCUUUAGGCAAAAGAAAAGAUAUGUUGGAGAAUUGUUAUAAAAAUAUUGAGUGUGAUCUUGAGUUGCUGGGAGCCACUGCAGUGGAGGAUGCCUUGCAGGAACAUGUUACCGAAACUUUGUUGGCUCUGCAAAAGGCUGGCAUUAAGAUUUGGGUUUUAACGGGCGAUAAAGUGGAGACGGCUGUUAAUAUAGCUUUAUCGUGUGGCCAUAUAACAGCAGAUUCAUAUAGACUGACCAUAUUAGAUUGCCACUCAAAACAGGAAUUUUUAGAUACUUUGGAAAUUUUAAAACAUCAAUCCAAUAACAAUAUUGCUUUAAUAAUGGAUGGUAAUAGUUUGGCAAUAGCUUUAUCACAAGCCCCCAGCGAAUUCCGCGAAAUGGCUUUGAAAUGUUCGGCGGUUUUAUGUUGCCGUUUAAAUCCUUUGCAAAAAUCUGAAGUGGUUUCAUUAAUAAAACAUCAAAAGGGCUAUUUAACCGCUGCCGUGGGUGAUGGAGCCAAUGAUGUGUCCAUGAUUCAAGAGGCAGAUGUGGGUAUUGGCAUUAUGGGCAAAGAGGGCUUACAAGCUGCUAGAUGUUCGGAUUUUUCUAUAGCCAAAUUUUAUAUGUUGCAACGUUUACUGCUGGUUCAUGGCCAUUACAAUACAGCCAGAUUAUCAUUUUUGGUUUUAUUCUAUUGCUAUAAGAAUAUUUUGAUAACCGGCAUUAUGGUGAUGUUCCAGUUGUACGAUUUGUAUUCUGCCACUUCUGUUUAUCACUUUUUGUAUUUGUGGCUGUUUGAUGUGAUUUAUAUAUCGUUUAGUUUUACAUUCUUGGCCAUAAGUGAGAAACCUUAUUCGGAAGAGGUAUUAAUGAGCAACCCUCAACUAUAUAAGAAAAAUUGCCAAAAUCGUCAAGUACGCUGGUCCGUAUUUCUACGAUGGAUUCUCAAUGGAGCUUUUCAUUCGAUAAUUGUCUUUUACUUUGCCUAUUUCUUCUUAUUACUCAACAAUGUCAUACUCAAUAAUGGACAAACUGCCGAAUUCUAUAUAUUUGGAUCGAUGUUAAUACAAAUGGUGGUUGUAGUGGGCAACUUAAAGCUGCUGCUGGAAUCCAACUAUCUGAGCUAUAUUUAUUUAAUCAUUAUAGUGGCCUCAUUCUUUGGCUUCAUUAUCAGCACCGUUAUAUAUAAUUUUAUAGAUUUUCCCAACAAUCCCGGUUUAUUCCAUGCUUAUAAUCGCCUGUUCUGCUCUUUACCAGCCUGGUUAUUUACCAUAAUAACCGCAUCCGCUUGUUUGGUACCCGAUUAUACAAUAAAAGUUAUUCGGGUCAUGUUCGGCCAAAGAAAUUCCAAGAAGUGUGAUUUAAAUGUCAUGGGUAUUUGA